AUGGAGUUUCUGCUCAAGUCACCAAUGAAACUUGUACUUUUAACAGCGUGGUUCUGGAGUGCGAUGCCCCCAUGCUGCUGCUCUGGCAUCUGCGAUUCUUGUCACCCACACGCCUCCUGUGCGUCGCUGAACCGAUCUCAUCACGCCUGCUUCUGUAACAUCGGAUACACCGGGGACGGGACCAGCUUCUGCAUUGAUUACGACGAGUGCCAGAACGUAACGGGCAUAUGCGGGGACUUCGGGAAUUGCACCAACACAGAGGGCAGCUACUAUUGCACGUGUGAGCCUGGAUACAAGUCCACAGGCUCCGCCGACUUCCAGCCCAAUGAUGGAACCCACUGCAUCGACGUGGAUGAAUGCCGGUCGGGACAGAUUUGUGGACCCAACUCCCAAUGCCAUAAUACAAAUGGAUCUUUCUAUUGCACCUGUCAACGCGAUUACGUCCCCACCUCCGGCUCUGAGCGCUUUCAUAUCGACGACGGAGUAACGUGCGCUGAGCAUCCCCAAAAAUACUGCCAUGACAACAGCCGCUGCUUAACAAAGACAGUCAACAAAACACUCGAAUAUCUGACCCACCUGAAGGAGCCCCAGAGCGCUCUGCAGGAGAUCGUGAAUCAGACGGCAGGCGAGCUCACCUCAGUCCAAGUCAUCGCGUUUGUGGAGGCCUUGAGCUGGUUCUCGUCUGUCCUGGGAACCAACAACCACACCAUGGAACUGUCAGCCGUCAACUCCACCCUGGAUAAAUUAGUGCAUGCUGUGAACAAUUUGGUGGAAAAUGAUGAAGCAUUGGCCUGGGGCAGAAUCAAAGAGGAGCAGCGAGAGCACAGCCUGACCAAGCUGCUGCACACUGUGGAGGACAGUGCACUGAGGCUGGCCACUGGCUACAACAGACCAAUGGAGCUCCAACUUAAAGCCAGCGACAUGGAAUUAAAACUUGUCACAUUUGAAGCGACGCAAACCAAAGCCAAACUGUCUGCCACAAUGGGACGAGAUGUGGUGAACUUGACUCCAAAAGUAAAGCCCAGAGAGGAAAGAAAUGGCCAAGUGUCGGUGGUGUUUGUGCGCUACGACAGUGUCAGCUCCCUCCUGAAGCCCUCCUCUGACCCCGGCCUCACAGACUACUCACGCUACGCAGACUCAGGGGAAAUCACUGUCAACUCCCACGUGGUUGCGGCGGCCGUCCGACCAGCGCACGUCUACCAGCUGGACCACAUCACCUUCACUCUGCAGCACAAGCAGCCAAUAGACGCCAGCGCGGACGUGAGUAAGUGCGUGUUCUGGGAGUACGAGCGGGUUGGUCUGCGCGGUCGCUGGGCCACGGAGGGCUGUUCCACGCUCCACGUCGCGCCCAACUCCACCACCUGCUCCUGCACCCACCUCACCCACUUCGCCAUCCUCAUGUCCUCCGGGCGCGCCAACCUGGUGGCCCACUACACCGUGCUGACCCGGAUCACUCAGCUGGGAAUGAUCAUCUCACUCGUCUGCCUCUCCAUGUGCAUCUUCACCUUCUGGUUCUUCAGUGAAAUCCAGAGCACGCGCACCACCAUCCACAAGAACCUGUGCUGCAGCCUCUUCAUGGCCGAGUUCAUUUUCUUGGUGGGCAUCAACCUGAACAGUCACAAGCUGUUCUGCUCCGUGAUUGCAGGCCUCUUGCACUAUUUCUUCCUGGCGGCCUUCGCCUGGAUGUGCAUCGAGGGCAUCCAUCUGUAUUUAAUCGUGGUGGGUGUUAUCUACAACAAAGGUUUUCUACACCGCAACUUUUACAUGUUUGGCUACGGCAGCCCGGCAGUGGUGGUGGCCAUCUCGGCAUCAAUGGGAGCCAGAUACUACGGGACAGAUAAAAUGUGUUGGCUAAGUACAGAAAACCACUUCAUCUGGAGUUUUAUUGGACCUGCAUGUUUGAUCAUUUUGGUGAAUUUGCUGGCUUAUGGUGUAAUCAUGUAUAAAGUGUACCAGCACACUGCAGUGAAGAAGCCAGAAGUUAGUCAUUAUGAGAACAUCAGGUCAUGUGCCCGGGGCGCUCUGGCUCUUCUGUUUGUCCUUGGAGCCACUUGGACCUUUGGAGUCCUCCACAUUGUCCAUGAAACCACGCUGACUGCAUAUCUGUUCACUUUCACAAAUGCUUUCCAAGGAAUGUUCAUCUUUAUCUUCCUCUGUGUGCUCUCGAGAAAGAUCCAGGACGAAUACUACCGACUGUUUAAGAACGUGCCGUGCUGUUUUGAAUGCCUGAGAUGA